AUGCAGUUCUGGACAGCAGUUGAAGUGCCCCAUUCCACCAACGGAGAGGGAGUUCCAAGGCCCAUCUGUGCCAAGCCAGAUAGCGAGCGUCCUCGACAAGCCCAUGCCAUGGCAUCUGUUCGCUGGGAGAUGUAUAUUGGCUCCAAGCAUCAUUCCAAGGGACGGAUCACGUUGCAAGAGCGUCACGACAAGAAGAAGUGCAUUCCUCGCUUUCGAUUCCUGCUUGAAGCCCAUCGAAUCUCCUUAGAUGGGCUCAGAGUCAGUGAUGCUGUCUACUUUGAGAGCAUUCGGAUUCCCAUUACGUGCAAGUGGAAGUCCGAUUCAAAGGAUGAAGAAGUCGAUUUGGACGCAACUCUCUUGAGCAAGAAUCGUCUUGGUAAAGUCGUUACGCUCGAGUUUCCUCCAAAUAUGUUUGGCAUCAAGCGGAUUCAGAUCACCAUGACGUUAUCUGGUGGACACAUUAUGGCAGAGGCUGUCAAGCUUGCAGAGAAGAAGCGGCGAACCAUCCUCAUUGGUGGUGCUUGA